AUGCAAAGUUCAGACCAUAUCGCGAAAAAGAAAGCCAAUCAAGACCUCUUACACCAUGGGCGACUCAGUCUAGAACAUUGCAGUCAUGAAAAAGACCUUGAAGUCUGGAUAUCGUAUGACCUGACGUGGAAGAAACAUGUGCAGACGCAAAGUGCUAAAGCCAACAAGAUCUUGGGCUAUGCAAAGAGAACAACACAACGCAUAGGAAGUGUCAGACCUAGGAGAACAAUCUAUCUGACUGUUGUUCGUGCACAUCUUGCUUAUUCAUCUCAGGUCUGGGCCCCUCAAACUGUGGAACUGAUCAAAGAAAUAGAACGAAUUCAACGGCGUGCCACUAAAUACAUACUUCAACUACCAUAUCGCUGUCCUGACACUUACAAAGAACGACUUAUCCAGACAGAUUUACUUCCACUCUCCUAUUGGCAUGAAUAUUUGGACAUGGUACUAACAACAUGA